UGAAUCGAGGGGCGUCAUAAACUUACAACAACACAAGCAAAGCAUUCGAGAAAAAAGUUUAUUAAUUAAUUUUAUCUGGUUUUUAAGGAAUAUUAAGGCAUUAAAGUGAUUGCAAAGUAGUGAAAAGUGAUCUUUUGAUGAAAUAGAACAGGAGUAUUGAGGAUCGAAGGGUUAAAAACAACUGAAAUGUCUACUCCUCAAAAUUCGAUGGAUCCGGUAGAGGUAACGGAGGCAAUUAUUCCACAACAGCAAGGCCCUCCUCAACAGCCGCCACAAAAUUCAGGUCCACCAAUGAAUUCAAUGAUGCAACAAGGGUCUCCAAUGAAUCAGGGGUCUCCUAUGAAUCAAGGCCCUCCUAUAAAUCAAGGCCCACCAAUGCAACAAGGUCCACAAGGAAUGAAUCAAGGACCUCCGAUGCAACAAGGUCCACCGGGAAUGAAUCAGGGACCUCCCAUGCAGCAAAUGCCCCCAGGAAUGCAACAAGGACCACCAGCAAUGCAGCAAAUGCCUCCUGGUAUGCAACAAGGUCCUCCGAUGAUGCAAGGACCCCCUGUAAUGGGUCCAGGAAUGAUGCAGCCUCAAAAUGGACCAAAUAUGCCACAAAUGGGUCCAGCACCACCACCUGGUCAAGAAAAUUUGAGUGCUCUUCAAAAAGCUAUUGAUUCGAUGGAAGAAAAAGGCUUAGUAGAAGAUCCAAGAUAUUCUCAAUUGCUAGCGAUUCGUGCGAAUUCAAAAUCAACAUGUUUAUCAUCACCUCAAUUGGAUCAACUUCGAAGUCAGAUUAUGGCUUAUCGUCAACUAGCACGUAAUUUACCAUUAAACAAAAACUUGGUAACAGCAGUUAGAGGGCAAAGGCCAGAAGAUAGUCAACAAAAUGGUCCAAUACCGACUUCAGUUCAAUCUGGAAUGCCUGGUCAACCGCAACAAGGAAUGCAAGGUCCUCCACAUGCUCCAUCUCCACAAAAUAAUCAAUCUUCAGCUCCUCCUCAUGGUCCUCACAUGCCACAAAAUCAGCAAAUGAUGAUGUCUCAACAUGCACCACCAAAUCAACAAGGUCCAGUUCCUUCACAAUCACCACAAAUGAUGCAAAUGCAACCCGGUGGAGAUUCAAUGAAAGCAGUCUCUUUAUCUCAAUCAAACAUGCCAGUACAAGGUGGUCCAAGACCAAAUUCUCAACCACAAUCUCCACGAGCAGGAGCUCAAGCAGGUCCACAACAAAUGUCAAGUAAAAAUCGAAUUACAACAAUUGCAAAACCCUCUGGAUUAGAUCCGAUUGUCAUUCUUAAUGAACGAGAAAAUCGUAUGGCUUCAAGAAUUGCAUUGAGGAUGGAACAGUUAAAAAAUCUACCGACUAAUAUGGCCGAAGAUUUGCGAGUACAAGCUCAAAUUGAAUUACGUGCUUUGCGCGUUUUGAACUUUCAACGUCAAUUGAGAAGUGAAAUAGUGCAAUGUAUUCGACGUGACACAACAUUAGAAACAGCAGUAAAUGUGAAAGCAUAUAAGAGAACCAAACGUCAAGGGUUGCGUGAAGCUCGAGCGACAGAAAAACUCGAGAAGCAACAGAAAUUAGAAGCAGAAAGAAAAAGACGUCAGAAGCAUCAAGAAUUUUUGACACUUGUGUUACAACAUGGAAAAGAUUUUCGUGAAUAUCACCGUAACAAUUUGGCUAAAUUGGGACGAGUUAAUAAAGCCAUCAUUAACUAUCAUGCAAAUGCUGAACGUGAACAAAAGAAAGAACAGGAAAGAAUUGAAAAGGAACGUAUGAGACGUUUGAUUGCGGAGGAUGAAGAAGGUUACAGAAAACUUAUCGAUCAAAAGAAAGAUAAACGUUUGGCUUUGCUUUUGUCACAGACUGAUGAAUAUAUUGCUAGUGUCACUGAGAUGGUAAAAGCACAUAAACUUGAUCAACAAAAGAGGAAGGCUGAAAUUGAGCAGCGUAUGAAACAAAAGAAACGUGAAAUCCUUAAAUCAGGAGAAAUAUUAAUGCUUGAUGAGAGCAAUGAAGUAAUGGAUUGUAAAGUUACAGUAAAAGAAACAGCUACAGGAAAAAUUCUUUCUGGAGAUGAUGCACCAUCAUUGCGUCAUCUUUACAAAUGGUUACAAUUGAAUCCUGGUUGGGAAUAUGUCGUUUCUGACAGUGAAAACUCAGAUGAUGAAGAUGAUAAUGGACAGCAUAAGGCUGGAAUGAGUGAUCGCGAAAAGACAGAAGAAGAAAAGGCUAAAGAAUUGAUUAAGAAAGCUAAAGUUGAAGAUGACGAAUACAGGGCUGAAGAAAAGAAUUAUUACAGUAUUGCUCACGAUAUUCGAGAAAAGGUCACUGAACAAGCAUCUAUUUUGGUUAACGGAAAAUUGAAAGAAUAUCAAAUUAAAGGUCUUGAAUGGCUUGUAUCAUUGUUUAAUAACAAUUUGAACGGCAUUUUAGCUGACGAAAUGGGUCUUGGUAAAACAAUUCAGACAAUUGCUCUCGUCACAUAUUUGAUGGAAGUCAAGAAAGUAAAUGGACCAUUUUUGGUUAUUGUUCCAUUGUCAACAUUAUCAAAUUGGGUUUUAGAAUUUGAGAAAUGGGCACCAUCUGUUGGCGUUGUCUCUUACAAAGGCUCUCCAGCUGCUCGUCGUUCAAUUCAAAGUCAAAUGAGAAACACAAAAUUUAAUGUUUUGCUUACAACAUACGAAUAUGUUAUCAAAGACAAAUCUGUUCUGGCUAAGAUACAUUGGAAAUAUAUGAUUAUUGAUGAAGGUCAUCGUAUGAAAAAUCAUCACUGCAAAUUGACACAAGUUUUAAAUACUCAUUAUAAUGCACCGUUUCGUCUGCUUCUCACUGGAACUCCAUUGCAAAAUAAGCUUCCUGAAUUGUGGGCUUUAUUAAAUUUCUUGCUCCCAUCAAUUUUCAAAUCAUGUGUUACAUUCGAGCAAUGGUUCAAUGCACCAUUCGCAACGACUGGUGAAAAGGUCGAAUUGAAUCCAGAAGAACAGAUGCUUAUUAUUCGUCGUUUACACAAAGUUAUGCGUCCAUUCUUGCUGCGUCGUUUAAAAAAAGAAGUUGAAUCUCAAUUACCUGACAAAAUUGAGUAUAUCAUCAAAUGCGAAAUGUCUGGAUUACAGCGCGUACUUUAUAAACACAUGCAGAGUAAGGGCGUUUUACUUACUGAUGGAUCUGAAAGAGGAAAUAAAAAGGGAGGUUCUAAGGCACUGAUGAAUACAAUUGUGCAGUUGCGUAAACUUUGUAACCAUCCAUUCAUGUUUCAACAUAUUGAAGAGAAAUAUUGCGAUCACAUUGGACAGUCUAAUAUUGCCAAUGGACCUGACUUAUAUCGUGUGUCUGGCAAAUUUGAAUUGCUUGAUCGUAUACUUCCAAAAAUGAAGAUAUCAGGACAUCGUGUUUUGCUUUUCUGUCAAAUGACACAGUGUAUGACAAUUAUUGAAGAUUAUUUGAGUUGGAGAAAGUAUGGAUAUUUGCGUUUAGACGGUACAACAAAAUCUGAAGAGCGUGGAGACUUAUUGAAAAAAUUCAAUAGCAAAGGUUCAGACAUUUUCAUCUUUUUGCUUUCCACUCGUGCUGGUGGUUUAGGUUUGAAUCUUCAAACAGCCGAUACUGUAGUCAUUUUCGAUUCAGAUUGGAAUCCUCAUCAAGAUUUACAAGCUCAAGAUCGUGCUCAUCGUAUCGGUCAACGUAAUGAAGUGCGUGUAUUGCGUUUGAUGACAGUUAAUUCCGUUGAAGAACGAAUUUUGGCUGCAGCUCGUUAUAAGUUGAACAUGGACGAAAAAGUCAUUCAAGCUGGUAUGUUCGAUCAAAAAUCUACAGGUAGUGAGCGUCAACAGUUUUUGCAAAGUAUUUUGACACAAGAUGAAGGAGACGAUGAAGAAGAAAAUGAGGUUCCUGAUGACGAAACGAUCAACUUUAUGAUUGCUCGUAGUGAUGAUGAACUUGAGUUGUUUAAACAAAUGGAUUUGGAACGUAAAAAGAAUGAAACGAAGAAACGUCUUGUAGAAGAAUGUGAAUUGCCAGCCUGGCUUACAAACAAUGAUGAUGAUGAUCGCUGGGUUGAAGACGAAGACGAUGCAACAAUAUUAGGACGUGGUUCUCGUCAACGUAAGGAAGUUGACUAUACAGAUAGUUUGACUGAGAAAGAAUGGCUUAAGGCGAUUGAUGGCGAUGACAUUGAUUUUGAUGAAGAAUUGGAAAAUGAAGAAAGAGAUCGUAAGAGAAAAUCAAAGAAACGCAGGAAGGAUUCAGAUGAUGAGAGUGUUGCAUCAACUAUCGCAAAACGUAAAAAAGGAACAACGGAUCCAAAAAUUAAGAAACAAAUGAAGAAAAUAAUGAGUAUUGUAAUGAAAUAUGAAAUUGAAGGAAGAAUUUUGAGUGAACCUUUCAUGAAAUUACCAUCCCGUCGAGAAUUGCCAGAUUAUUAUGAAGUAAUCAAGAAACCCUUGGACAUAAAGAAAAUUUUGGCUCGAAUUGAUGAGGCAAAAUAUGUUGACUUUGCUGAUUUAGAGAAAGACUUUUUCCAAUUAUGCCAGAAUGCGCAAAUCUACAAUGAAGAAGCAUCUUUGAUAUACGAAGAUAGUAUUGUGCUACAGAAAAUAUUCUCGCAAGCUAAACAAAAAGUCGCUGAAUGUGAUGAGUCUGAAGAAGAAGACAAAGAUGACAAUGACGAUUCGAGUUCUUCUGAUUCCGAAAGUAUGAAGAUGAAAUUGAAACACUUAAGUAAGGCUUCAUCUUCAAAAGAAGGUUCUUCGUCAUCAUCAAAGAAGACACCAGCAAGACGUCGGAAAAAUGCUAAAAAGUAUAUCAAUUCCGACGAAUCUGAAGACGAUGAUGAUUAAAAAUUUAUUUUCCUUAAAUAUAUUAUUUAAAAAGUUUAUAAUUUAAACAAGAUAUUUUUAUUGACUAUGAUUAUAAUUUCUUUAUAAAAAAAUACACUUGACGGUAUUUGAACCCUUUUAUGAUAACUUCUCUCUUGUCUGUAAUGUUCUGAUUGGAAGCAUUAAUAAAGAUUUAAUUAGAUGGAAAGU